AUGUUCAAGCUCUCUAGAACCACGAUCAGAUCGUUGCAAUCUUCUGGUAGAAGAUUGAAUGCCCAUCUUCCUAACCCUUACGGUACUCCUGCUUCUGGUAUCUACUCUAAUCUUCCAUUCAAGGUUAAGAACAGAAAGAUUCCUUUGGGCUUCUUCUGGUACGGUACCCUUGGAUUCUUCUUUUCCUUCCCAUUCCUUGUCUCGUGGUUGCACAUGUACAAGGCUGGUAACUUGGACAAGGGUUGGUGGAUCCAAGAAGAGGAAGAAUAG